AUGCGAAUCGAAGUUUACCCCAAAGUAUCGCCGGAGGUACUCGAGCGUGAGGUUCAGGAUGCCACGCUUCGAGAACUCGCAUGGUUGAUAACGGAAAUACAAGAGAGUCUACUAUCACUUAGAUCCGGGCUGGAAGAAUGUCUAUCGCUGCUUGCGCCCUCGCAGCCGGGGAGCACGCUUGUGCUAUCCACGAGUCGUAGCGAAGGACUUAAGGGAUUCGUAACCAGAGUUGGAAGCGCAAUUGUUAAGGGUGAUAUGCAAGUGAAAAUGCACGGUCUUCCAAAUACCAAAGGCCUGGGUUAUUAUCGUCUCCAACUUGCCUCUCCGCCUUCGGAUUCUACAAGUAACCCCAGUUUCCACCUCCCACAACUUACCGACUGUCGUAACUUCGUUCACUCGGCGUUAACAACCCUCCCUUCUUCUUCCUCUGUCGAAAUACACAAAUCCCUCGGUUUAGAAUCCAAAACCUCCACAGCAAUGAUAGACUCCAAACUCCUCUCUUCCCAACUCGACUCCCUUCUUUCGGAUAUCCAAUCUGCCCGACAGAUCUUAAAAUCUACGCAAAAGCCCAAUUUAUUCCCGUACCAUACCGUCGAUAGUAGUAUAUUCGACCCCCAGUUACCAGAGAACUUAGCUUUGGAUAUUACGAUUCAAGAUGCGGCUAUUGUUACGGAAUUGAGGUUGUUGGAGAAUACGAGUCCCGCGGCUUAUACGGGACUUACGGCGUUGAGUAUGAAUAUUGAUCAACAUUUGUCGAAUUUUAAUUUUAGAGAGAAGAUUGCGGGGGCCUUUAAGGGGAGGAAAGGGUAUGGGAAUAGCGGUGCUGGGGCUACUGGUGCCGGUGGGGAGGAAGAAACGUGUAUGUAUAAGGGGACGGAGGUGAGAGUGAAGGAGAGGAUUAGGGUUGAGAGCCAAGAUCCAAGUUUGAUGAGUGUAGUGGCGAAGUUGGGGGCUUUGGAACAUAAUUUGGCGAUGGGGAGGACGAGUUUGGAGAUUGUGAUGCGUAGUGGGUGUACCGAAUAA